AAAAGUGUGGGCGAGGCUUAUGGCGUCUUCCUCACGAACUGUGACUUCGUACAAAUUGUUUAUUGUCGACCAAGAUGGAGUUCCUUUUAGGAAACCCGUACAGUACCCCAGUGGGGCAUUGCAUUGAAAGAGCCACGGAUGGCUCACUACAAAGUGAGGACUGGACCCUCAACAUGGAAAUAUGUGACAUAAUCAAUGAAACAGAAGAUGGGCCCAAGGAUGCCAUUAGGGCGGUGAAGAAGCGACUGAACGGCAACAGGAACUACAGGGAAGUGAUGCUGGCUCUGACGGUGCUGGAGACGUGCGUCAAGAACUGUGGUCAUCGUUUCCACGCCCUCGUCACCAGCAGAGAUUUCAUCGACGGGGUUCUGGUCAAAAUCAUCUCACCGAAGAACAACCCCCCCACCAUUGUACAAGACAAAGUGCUCGCCCUUAUACAGGCGUGGGCUGAUGCGUUCAGGAGCAGCCCAGAUCUGACAGGCGUGGUCCACAUCUACGAGGAGCUCAAAAGGAAAGGCAUCGAGUUCCCCAUGUCCGACCUGGAGACCCUGUCUCCCAUACACACCCCCCACCGGUUGGCCAGCGCACCGGAGGGGGAUUCCACCCUGCCCAAGUACAGCGCCCCUCCCCCGCCCCUCCCCAGCCCCCAGCCUCCCCCGCAGGCCGUACCCCACGCUGCCCCACCCUCCUACUCCAGCCCUCAGGUCCCCAACCUCCAGGCCUCGGGAUCUAUCAACCCCACACCGGAACAGAUCUGCAGGCUUCGCAGCGAGCUGGACGUGGUGCGCGGCAACACCAAGGUGAUGUCGGAGAUGCUGACGGAGAUGGUCCCGGGCCAGGAGGAGCCGUCGGACCACGAGCUGCUGCAGGAGCUGAACCGCACGUGCCGGGCCAUGCAGCAGAGGGUGGUGGAGCUCAUCUCCUGCGUGGCCAACGAGGAGGUGACCGAGGAGCUGCUGCACGUCAACGACGACCUCAACAACAUCUUCCUGCGCUACGACAGGUACGAGAGGUUCAGGUCUGGAAGAUCUUCCUCUCAGGGUAUCAACAACGGGGUGCUCAGCGAGGCCACGGAGGACAACUUGAUCGACCUGGGCCCUGGUUCUCCCGCCGUGGUCAGCAACAUGGUGAACGCCCUCCCGCCCUCCAGCCUGCCCCCCUCCCUCAGCGCCCCCGCUGCCAGGCCCUCGUCCCCCGCCUCGCUGGCCUCCAGAUUGGCUGGCCUCGACGUGGGUGCUGACAGCGUGAGCGGCACUCUGAGCUCCCUGCCCAGCUGCCAACCUCCGGCCCAGGACGACUUUGACAUGUUCGCCCAGACCCGGACCGGCGCCGCGACGGAGCCACGCAGGACGGCUCCUGUGGAGGACAGUGUCCCAGGAGCGGGGCUGCCCCCCACCCUGGAGGUACGACAGCCCACUGCAGGAGGGGUUCUGGUUGGUCAGUCCUCUGUCAUGGAUGACAUAGAGGAGUGGCUCGGUGCUGAUGUGCAAGGGGAUGAAGGGGAGGAGGGCGUGACUAGUGAGGAGUUCGACAAGUUCCUGGAGGAGAGGGCCAAGGCUGCAGAUAUGGUGCCCAGCCUGCCACUGCCCCCUGGUGGAGACCCAGCUGCAGGGCAGGGCACGCCAGGAGGCACGCCAGGAGGCAGCAGGAAGAAGGCCAGCAGGCCGGAGGACUCCCUGUUUGCCAUGUAGACCUGUCCUCUCCUCUCCUCCAGCCCUGAGCCCCCAGUCUCUCACCCCCACCAGCCCAGCAGCACUGGCCCCAGAGUGCUGGGUGUCUGUGCACACCCACCCACACACACACACACCAUCCGUCUAUCUGCUCCUCUGCAUCUCAUCAUCUCACCCCAACCGGAACAUCCACCUGAUGAUUCUGUGUGUGUUUGUGUGCGUGCGCACACGUGUCAGCCCAUACAAACUUGUGUUUCCGUUGAAUUUGCUACACUACAAACGACUCCCACCGACUGGUCCAUUUUGAUACACUACCCGAUGAAGACACCUACCAGUCUGGCAUGGCUGUAACGCACUGAACCCUGCAAGACCAUCAACCCUACCCUGUCUGUCUGCCUGCCUGCCUGUCGGAUGGACCGGCUGCUCUCUCUUUCAGAUGAGACACCCUGUUCUGCCUUGGUGACACGGAGCCAUUUCUGGAGCCGAUUCCUCAAAACACCUUGUUGCAUGCACGGACAAACCCCCACCAUUCAAUCAAACUCAACUUCCAUUUGUCAAAGGGAACUUGAGAGCUAAAGGGACUGGUUCUUAGCAUUGAACCUGUAAAGACACCAGUGUAGGGGAGUAACAUCAUAAAUAUACAGUCAUGAGAUAUGAUGAGUAGGGAAUAUGCUGGACUGUUUUAUUGUGUUGUUUUUUUUAGGUAUAUAAUUCUUGCCCUCCCCAACCAAGUCCAUUACACAGUCUCUGGUCCAGGUUCAGAUCCCCCUGGGGCCGGUUGGGGUUCAAUGCUGUUGUGGUGCUUUGGGUCUGGGUCCGCUGUAGAACCAAGAAUCAGCAAGGUUGUGUUUGUGCGUGUGUUGAAUCAAGCUUUUAAAGGGACAGAUAAAGGGAGUUUGAGUUCAGUGUGAAGAGAACGUUUGAGAAGUCAAUCAGCUGCUGAACUUUAAGUGUCUAACCGUCUAGAAAAGGAAUCGAUGACAGUCAAUUCAGUUAUCUCUAGAUAGGAUUUUUUUGUUUUUGCUUUCCAUUGCACUGUUUCUAGAUUGAGGCUGAAUGAAAAUCAUUAACAUGACUAGACGAUGCAUGGCUCUGGUCCUCAGUCGCAUGGCUCUGGUCCUCAGUCACAUGGCUCUGGUCCUCAGUCACAUGGCUCUGGUCCUCAGUCACAUGGCUCUGGUCCUCAGUCGCAUGGCUCUGGUCCUCAGUCGCAUGGCUCUGGUCCUCAGUCGCAUGGCUCUGGUCCUCAGUCGCAUGGCUCUGGUCCUCAGUCGCAUGGCUCUGGUCCUCAGUCGCAUGGCUCUGGUCCUCAGUCGCAUGGCUCUGGUCCUCAGUCGCAUGGCUCUGGUCCUCAGUCACAUGGCUCUGGUCUGUUGACUGAAGGGCUUGCAGGCUAACCAACAAGUCAUUUGAGUCCAAACACGUUGGUGUUGAUCCACAUGCUGAAACACUAGCCCAGUCCUGUUGAUGAGAUGAGGGAGGUCAUGAACAUGGAUAGAGAUGAGGGUACAUCAAGCCAGCAGGUGGGCCUGAUGACACGGGCCUGAUGACACGGGCCUGGUGACACGGGCCUGGUGACACGGGCCCGGUGACACGGGCCUGGUGACGCCGGCCUUCACACGGAGCUCAGUCUGAUGGCCGUGCUGUAACUCACUCGCCUGCUGCGUUUAACGGACCAAAGUUUUGCGUGUCUGUUGAUUGGUUGUUGUUGAAGGCUUUGUAGGGCUUACAAACAAAAUCUAUCUCUUGAUUCAAAGUAACGUGCCUGAUUUCUCUUUUAGAAACCAUUCACACGGCAUUACAGCGCAAUUCUCUGUCAUGUAUGCAGAAAGCCCAUGCUUGGCUUGUUUCACCUCUUAGAAUAACACUACUAUAUCCAUGAUUUUCAAAUGGGCAUGGAAGGACUCUGAACUGAAUGUUCCCUCUCUCCCUCCAGUAACAUAGUACUCCGUCAGUUUGACUGGGAUACCGUCUACUGUUGUACCGAGUUAUGCAGUCACAAUGAGCUCACUACUAGUACGCCCUCCACCGUCAGCCCACUUUGUAUGCUUGUUAUCAAUGAGGGGAACGUCUUGGGACACUAGGAAUAUGCUAGCUGUAAUACAUGAGAAAAUGUUAUUGACACAAGUGUAGGAAUAAUUUAUGAAGCAUUAUUUUCUUGAUCUAGCAGUAUUUGAAUGAUUGUUUUAUUGUACAAAAACAGAAUGAAAUUAACUAAUUACUUUAUGAGUGGGGAUAAAUGAAUUAUUAUUUCCAUGUCGAUUGUGUCGAAAGAUGUUUUAAUAUUGCUACUGUUUAUGGAGUUCAAAGGGUUCCUAGCAUCCAGUCUUCUGCGUCUGCUUCAGUGUUUGCAAAUCCUUCGGGAGGAUUCGCCAGGAUGAGUUUUGAAUCCGGUGAACAACAAACAUCUUAUUGUAGCAAACGUUGACUCAUUAGCUAAUGACUUUACCUUUGAGAAGGGAGUCUUGUUUGUUUUUGUGUGUCCUUUUGUUUGUUGAACAACGUGUAUAUUGUCACCGUGGAAAGGGUUUCUUGGGUUUUAUUCAGUGUUUUUACUGCGUUCCGUGUGUGUGUGUGUGUGUGUGUGUACUUUACCCGUAAGGUCAGGCUGUAUCCCUGGCAAGGCUAUUGGUGGAAUAAAUGCUGACAGCACUUUGUAUCAACAGUUAAAGGAAAGGACUGCUUUAGGAUGCUUUCACCAGCAUACACUGUCAAAAAUUAAGAGCAUUUUCAUUUAUAUAUAUAAUGUUGUCAUCCCUAUACCCACUUAUUGAAAGACCGAUGUAUUUGUUUGGAAAUAGUAAAAGGUACAUUCAUGAGUGUGUGCCAUCUUUUUCUUGCUGUCUGCUCUCUCUUUCUCUCCGACUCAUGCAUGUGUUGAACUCCAAUAAAACACUAGCAGUGUGUAUUGUA